AGUUUUGACACAAGCCCGACCGGUGAUGUUGUGUAACUGCACGUUUUCAUCAACAUGCCUGUAGAGGGUUCAGAGGACCAGGCGUCCUCGUCUCUCUCCAGCCCCGUCAGUGCUGCUCACACCCCGGGAGGGACCGAGGAGGAUGGGGCAGUCUGCUCUUUCCCGGAAAACAGCCAGGGCUCUGAGGCUUCUGCAGCUUACCCUGCCAACACUGGACCUGAUGAGGGCAACAGCGGUAAGAGGUCUGGAGCCUUGCUGCAGAUCGACCGGCAGCGUAUCCAAGCAGCGUCGGCCAGUUCUGGGGCCGAUGAACUCCAGGGUCUUGGUGUGGCUGUGUACGACCAGGAUGUCCUCGAGCAAGGUGUCAUGCAGCAGGUGGACGAGGCGAUCCACGAGGCUAACCAGGCGGCUGCUAAAGCGGAGGCUGAGAAGGAAUAUCAGUCAGUUCUGGAUGAUGUCAGGUCUGUAACUCUGUCACUGAGACAAAUCAACAAGAUCAUCGAGCAACUUUCUCCUUAUGCUGCCUCCAGCAAAGAUAUCAGUCGGAAGAUUGAAUCUGUUAAACGACAGAAAGAAAAUAAGGAGAAACAGCUAAAGAAAGUCAGAGCCAAACAGAAGAGACUUCAGGCCAUUCUGGGAGGAGAAGACGCCCAAAGAGUAGAAGCUGAGCUCUUGGCUGAGGAUGAAGAAGAGGAAGAAGCCGGCCCGUCUACACUGGGCAGCAUGCUCAUGCCCGUUCAAGAAACCGAAUGGGAGGAGCUUAUCCGAAAAGGUCACAUGACUCCUUUUGGCACGCGUAUCCCGCAGAAGGAAGUUAAAAAGGAGCCUCGAAAAGUGAUGCUUGCGGAGAACUCGGCCUUUGACCAGUACUUGACGGACCAGGCCAAGAUGGCCACCGAGAGGAAGAAAGUUCCUGUUUUAAAGAAGAGAAGGAAGAGCUCAGGACUCAGCCCUGAUGGGGAUCACAGGGGCAAAACCAAAACAACUACCGGUGUCUCCUCUUCUAAGGAUAAAAAAAUGAGAAAGCGCAUUCAAAAGCUUCAGAUAACUGCUCUGAAGGCUCAUCCCAAAGCUCGGCCUAAGGUUGAGCCACAGCUCCCUAAACCGAAGAGGAAGCGUCGCAUCGAGGGAGAGGAGACUGACAGCGAGGGGUCCGAGUACCUGCCCAGUGAUGAAUACAUAGAUCCUGACCGAGAGGAGAGAGACGCCAUGGAGGAGGGCUUUGGGGAGGAUGAUGAAGAAGAGUACGAGUUAAAACCAUACAAGAGGAAAACUGAACGCAAAGGGAGGAAGAAAGUAAAGAAGAAAGAAGAGAGUGAGGAAGAAUACUGCCCUGAGAGUGAGGAAGAAAAGGAGGAUGGCAAGAGUAAAAACAACAAGAAAUGCAAAGAUGAUGGAGAUGUGGAGUACUACAGACAACGAAUAAGGAGAUGGAGGCGACAGCGUCUCAUAGAUAGGGAGUCGAAGAGAGAAAGAGGGGAGGAGCUCUCCGAUGACAGCGAUGAAGAGUUCGACGAAGGCUUCAAAGUGCCAGGUUUCCUGUGGAAAAAACUUUUCAAGUACCAGCAGACAGGUGUGCGCUGGAUGUGGGAACUCCACUGUCAGCAGGCCGGCGGCAUCCUGGGAGACGAGAUGGGGCUGGGUAAAACCAUCCAGGUCAUCUGCUUUCUCGCUGGUCUGAGCUACAGCAAACUGAGGACUAGAGGGUCCAACUACAGGUAUGUUGGUCUGGGUCCGACGGUCAUCGUGUGCCCUGCUACAGUCAUGCACCAAUGGGUAAAAGAGUUCCACACCUGGUGGCCUCCUUUCAGAGUCGCCGUUCUACAUGAAACCGGCUCAUUCACCAGCAACAAGGAAAAGCUUAUACCAGAAAUAGCAGCAUGUCAUGGUAUCCUGAUAACUUCAUAUUCGGCUGUGAGGAAUAUGCAAGAGAGCUUGCAGCGCUACGAUUGGCACUACAUUAUUCUGGAUGAAGGCCAUAAGAUCAGGAAUCCAAAUGCUGGAGUCACCACCGCCUGCAAACAGUUUCGGACUCCGCACAGGUUCAUCCUGUCAGGCUCUCCCAUGCAAAACAAUUUGAAGGAGCUGUGGUCUCUGUUUGACUUUGUCUUCCCCGGUAAACUGGGGGCGUUACCCGUCUUCAUGGAGCAGUUCUCUGUGCCAAUCACCAUGGGAGGAUACAGCAAUGCCUCACCUGUACAGGUUCAGACUGCGUUUAAGUGCGCGAGCGUGCUGAGGGACACCAUAAAUCCUUACCUGCUCCGGAGAAUGAAAGCAGACGUCAAAGCCAACCUCUCCUUACCUGACAAAAACGAGCAGGUUCUGUUUUGUAGAUUAACAGAGGAUCAGAGGCAGGUGUAUCAGAGUUUCCUGGAUUCCAAAGAGGUCUACCAGAUCCUAAACGGGGACAUGAUGGUAUUCUCCGGUUUGAUAGCGCUGAGAAAGAUCUGUAACCACCCGGACCUUUUCUCUGGGGGACCCCGCAUGUUGAGGGGAAUCCCAGAGGACCAGCUGACCGAGGAGGAACACUUCGGCUACUGGAAACGCUCGGGAAAGCUGAUGGUGGUGGAGUCACUGCUGCGUCUCUGGUUCAAACAGGGCCACAGAGUCCUGCUCUUCACUCAGUCCAGACAGAUGUUGGAAAUCUUGGAGGUUUUUGUGAGGGAGAAUAGCUACACGUACCUAAAAAUGGACGGCACCACCCCUAUAGCUACCCGACAGCCCCUCAUCGCUCGCUACAACGAGGACAAAUCCAUUUUUAUCUUCUUGUUGACCACUAAAGUCGGAGGUCUGGGAGUCAAUCUGACUGGAGCCAACAGAGUCAUCCUCUACGACCCAGACUGGAACCCCAGCACGGACACACAGGCACGUGAGCGGGCGUGGAGGAUCGGGCAGACGCAGCAGGUGACCAUCUACAGACUUCUGACCGCCGGGACCAUCGAGGAGAAAAUCUAUCACAGGCAAAUCUUUAAACAGUUUCUGACCAACCGGGUUCUGAAGGAUCCCAAACAAAGACGCUUCUUCAAGUCUAACGAUAUCUAUGAGCUCUUCACGCUGACUGACCCAGAUGGAGCUCAGGGAACAGAGACCAGUGCCAUAUUUGCAGGUACUGGCUCUGAUGUCAAAGCACCCAAGAAACCCGAGAGGCCGAGGUCCUCACACAAUGUGAGACACGGCAGCUCCGGGCUUAAACACUCCUCAGCAGACCAGAAUGAAGCUGGUUCAGACAGGAGACACUCCUCAGCAAACAUUCCUGCUGUAAGAGAUGGAAAAACAUCUCCGUGCAGUCAAAUCUCUCAGGGUAAAUCCAAUGACACGAUGGACACCCAAAGCGGUACGGGUGUAGAACCACAUCUUUCAGCAAAUGCUCAACAAACAGGACAGAAUAACUGUGACGCCGCCAAACACUCCAACACGCUGAGCUCUGAACAACACGGAGACUCUGCUCUAAGCAGCCCACAGAAACACAGAGAGAAGAGGAAGCACUGCGACUCCUCUGGCUCAGACAAACGCAAACAUAAGAAGAGAAAACACUCCAAGGAUGCUCGCUUUGAAGGCCACCGCAUCUCUCACUUGGUAAAGAAAAGGAACUUUAAUAAAGAGGUCGGUGAAGAGAACGAGGCCGACAACCUGAAGAAAUCAGACGAUUACGUCUUGGCAAAGCUCUUCAGGAAAUCUGGUAUCCACAGUGUGAUGCAGCAUGACGCCAUCAUAGAGUCCUCCAACCCUGACUACGUCCUGGUGGAGGCCGAAGCUAACAGGGUGGCCAAAGACGCCAUGAGAGCACUAAAGGUUUCUCGCCAGAAGUGCAGGCUGCCGUUCAACAGACCCCCUCCUCCACCUGCAAGGAAACGGUUUGGACAAAAGAAGAAUUCUCUCCUGGUUGAUAAUUCAGUCAAAUCCGUCUCUACAUCAAGCAAAUGCAAGGAUGCUGCUAUUAUAAAGAAGUCUGUUUCAAAGAAGCCAGGAUCAGCAGCUCUUUUCAGCGGGGAGGCGGCAGAGAGCGAACCAAACUCCGCCCCGCUCUCCUCCUCCUCCCUGCUGGCCAAGAUGAGAGUCCGUAACCACGUCAGCCUGCCCUCCAGCCAAAGAGAUGAAGCGGGAGAAGAGGAGGAGACCGCCUCUGGAGCUGCAGGGCCGAGCUCCCCGGCUCCGCCCACAGAGCACGACGAGCUGCUGGUGGAUCUGCGUAACUUUGUAGCCUUCCAGGCGACUGUGGACGGAGAGGCCACAACUAAGGAAGUGCUGGAGUAUUUCAAACCGAGGCUGACCCAGAAUCAGGCGCCGGUAUUCAGAGAGCUGCUCAGGAGCAUUUGUGACUUCCACAGGACUUCUGGUCAGGAGGGGAUCUGGAGACUGAAGGAGGGCUUCCGCUGAGAGAUGCACAGACAAAAGAGGAGGAACAACUGAACUGUGACGCAUAUCUGAGGACUUGUAUUCCAUUAGACUGUAGUGCUCAGGCUAACAAUAAUUUACUUUUUACUUGUUUUUUGUAACUGUUUAACAAAAAUACAUCAGUCACUUUACAUCCAAACAGAUACUGUCAUUUUACUUCAACCAAUUUAACAAAUAUCUAUUAAUGGUAAAGGAAAGCCAUGCUGCAGUUUACUGCCAACUCAAAGAACUGUCCGUUUUCCAGGUUACUCAGUCUUAUAGAAAAAGUCUGUUUCAAUCUUUUUUUUUUUUCUGCUUCCAUGUUUGUUCUCCUUCAAGCAUUUUGUCAGUUCUUCUAUGUGUUGUCUGCAUCCUGUUACACUUGAAUUCACUUGAUUUAUUACUGUUCUACCCUGAAAAGGAUUUACUGACAUAUACAUGUUGUUGUUUUCCAAUUGUGUCGACUUAUAAGCUCACUGGAGAAGGCUGAGUAAAAUACUUUUAUAAAAUGUGACGGGAUGAAGUGUAUCAUUUUGUAAACAUGACCUUAUCACCACACGUUUUAGUGGAUUUUGUAAUAACUGACAUUUCUUGAAUUGUACGUACAAAUACGACGACGGUUUGGCAUUGUUUACAGAGUUGUGUUUUAAUGACCUACCUCCAGUUAUUUGUGUUGAAUCAGACAGAAGCUGAAGAGUUAUUCAGCUGCCAUGAUUUAAAAGAAAUAAAAUAAAAACUCGUGGUGCCGUUCUGUAUGAA